AGACAAGAGGACAGAGCUCCAACUUUUGAUUAUUACCCUUCCUGAGCAAGAAGACAAGAAAACAGGUAAAUCUUCUUUUUCUCCAAACUUGCAUCAUAAUUGGCGAUGUUCAAGGUGAUGGAAAGUUUGAAGGCAAAGUCUAAUACUACUGUCUCUCUUUAUUAUGAGAUAUAUUGUGUAAUAUCAUAAUACAAUUUAAUGUAAUUGUGUCAUCCCAAAUUAUGAUAUUUUGCCCAUUUGAAACUGUAUUUGAAACGGUUUGUUGUUACUGUAAAGCAGCAGCAUCAAGCGAUAUCAUACAUAUAGCCUAUCAGUUGGGAGGCAUUAGUAAGAUAGAGACUCUGGCCUCACCUUUGACCUUUGUGAACCACAGCAGAGCAGUCUCAAAAAGAGCUCUCGUCAACUUCAAAUAUGACCGACAUUAGGAACUUCACAAAAACUGAGAAAGACUCAACCAAACUUUUAUUUUACGUGUUUUUUUUAACCAUAUGGUCAAUGCAGCUCAUUCAGGAUGCAGGCUCUACAGUUCUGACCAAGGUUCAAAUAAAUGGAGGUUAACUGGCUUCUUGUUAACAACAGAGGAGAUUUUCAGGUGUCCCUGCGAGUCACUGAAUGGCACAGUGACUUGCAGGGACACUUCUGAUUUGUAUGAAAUUUAUCAACCGAUCAGAAACCUUAGAUCUGAAGACCUAGGUCAGCCACGACAGCCCAGAGUACAGCUAAACCAUGGUGAUUCAGCAAUGGCCACUGACUGAAACAAACUGUCAUAAGAAAUUAAUCUUUGAGUUUGAUAUCAAGGACUUGGUAUGUUACACUUUUUUAUUUUUCCCUUUUAGAUGGAGGAUUCUGAAGCGGAUUACUUUGCAUCCCUUUUCAACAGCUCCUCUUUUGAAUAUGAGGAUAAAAUAUUCACCCCCUGCAAUGAAACUGUGCCUGGAUUUAACAGCUUGGGCUUGACCAUCACCUACAUCGUGGUGUUUGUCCUCAGUUUGGUGGGCAACAGUGUUGUUGUGUAUGUGGUUUGCUACAUGAAGAAAGGAAAAUCAAGUACAGAUAUCUACCUGAUGCACCUGGCGAUUGCAGACCUUCUCUUCACCCUGACCCUCCCGUUCUGGGCCGUCUAUACUCACUCUGGUUGGAUCUUCGGCACGUUCACAUGUAAACUCCUGUCAGGCUUUCAGGAGGCCUCUGUCUACAGCGGUGUCUUCCUGCUCGCGUGUAUCAGCGUGGAGCGCCACUUCGCCAUAGUGAGAGCGACGCGUGCGAUGUCCCCCUAUCGGCUGUUGGUGAAGGUGGUUUGCUGCGUGGUGUGGCUGGUGGCUGGAGUGCUGUCCUUACCUGUGGCAAUACAAAGGGAGAGCUGGCUUGCUACAGAGCAUGGCGAGUAUAUUUGCUAUGAAAACCCUAAAGGAGAGAGCAGUCAUAAGUGGCGUGUUAGCAUCCGGAUUCUACGACACACGGUUGGCUUUUUCCUGCCGCUAUUAGUGAUGGCCGUCUGCUACGGCUGGACUAUGCUGACAUUGUGCCACGCCCGAAAUCAACAAAAGCACAAGGCCAUGCGCGUCAUCCUGGCUGUGGUGUUGGCCUUUGUCCUAUGCUGGCUGCCUUACAACGUCACAGUCCUGAUUGACACGCUCAUGAAAGGUGACACAAUAAAAGUGGAAACAUGUCAAAUGCGUUACACGGUGGAGGCCGUUUUCAACGUGACCCAAGUGUUGGCGUUCACUCAUUGCGCGGUGAACCCGGUGCUGUACGCUUUCAUCGGGCAGAAGUUCCGUAACGAGCUGCUCUCUGCUCUCUUCAAACACGGCCUCAUCAGCAGGAGGCUCCAGAUGGCUUUUAGGAAGGGCUCGGUCAACAGCAUGGGGAGCAACAGAUCCAGGAACACCUCUGCGACUACCUUCUAAAAACUCAAUACGAAGCCUCCAGCUCCAGGCUCACAUGGAGGUCAUUUUCAAUUUCCCUGCUAUUGGGCGAAUGACAAAAAUACAGAAGAGUUCGAUGCUGUUUAAUAAGCCAUCAUUCUAUUUUCUGACGGUCAUAUUUGCUUUUGUUUAUCGUAGGAAAACAUCGGUGUGAAUUACAGUCUGUUUCAUAAAUGUCCAAAAACUCGUCGCAGGAGCUUUAAAGGGAUAUUCUGGCGGAAAAUUAAGUUGGAGUCAAACGCACCAAGUUAGACACCCCGUCGAGAGAUGAAUGUUGUCGACCGCUUGCUUCUCUAGUUUGACCAACUUUAGUAAGAAACGCAUGAUAGCAAUACACCAGAGCCAUAAACAAACCUCAACCAAAACGCCACUCUAUAGCCACAAAUAAUGCUCAGAACAGCACCUAACUUCAUCAACAGGACAUAUAGGGUCCCAGCCAUCGUACUAGCCACCAAACAUCUUUUUAGCUUUGCCUGAUUUCUUAGCAAAGAGACUAAACACAACUCACCUACUCUCUUCCAGCAGUUGCUUUUUUUGUAUGGAGACCUAAGGCCAGUCCAUUACGGACUACAGCGGGGUGACGCAGCUCAAGGAAGAACAUUUAUGAUCAUUUCUUUAUCAUUUCCUUGAAAUAAUAAUCAUCAUAUUUAUCAUUUUGCUCAGCAGAGGCAGUAGUUCUGCUACCUUAGCAGCUCAGUCUAAUUGCAUUUCCAUGAAGAAAUUAUUUGGCUAUAGAGUGGCUUUUUGGUUGAGGUUUGUUUAUGGCUACUGAGACCGCUGUGUAUUGCUAUCAUGCGGUCAUUACAAAAGUUGGUAUAACUAGAGAAGCAAGCGGUCGGCAACAUUCAUCUCUCGAGGGGGUGUCUAACUCAGUGUUACGGUGUGUUUGACCCUAAAUUAAUUUUACACUGGAAUAUUCCUUUCAGGUAAAAAUUGGCCACUGGACUGAGAUCAUUUUAAGCACGAUGAGACAAAAGUUAUGGAAUCCACAUUAUCUUUGAAACAGUAAUUCAAUUGGAGAGACUUAUGUUAAUAGAUUAUUAUUGGCUUUUCAACAGAGUUAAAACAGAGACUGAUGCUUAUAAAUUUACAUUAGCUUUACACUGAUAAAAAUGAUGGGACUGAUGCUUGUAGUUGAAGCAGCUGGAAAGCAGACAGGUCCACAGCAGGGUGUCAUUAAGAUUCAGUUUCAAUGAUAGAAGAUUGAAAAGUAGAGCAAGGGGCUCAGUGUACCAGUUCCCCUCGCAGUCUAAAUUUAUAGCAGCUGAGAAUAAAAAGCAUCAAAAACCUAAAUCAGCUGUUGGCAUGCUUAAACCCUGAUGACAUGGCUACUAUAAUGAUUUUAUGGUAUGCCAUUGAAGGAGUUUAUAGGAAAGCUGCACAGCCAUUGACUCUGUUGGUGUAAAUUUCUAUUCUAAAAGCUAAACUGAGUUUUAUUUCUUUCUACUGCAUUUGUAGGAUUUUUGCAGCUUGAAUUCUUUUGAUGUUGAAUGUUUUCUUCUUUCUUUUUUGGACCUAUGAAGGCAUAUCAUGUUAUUUUACAAUAUUAGCAUUUAGACUUGUUGACCUUUAGUUUUGAUUAGAGGAAGUUUCUUUUUGUUCUUACAAAACACAGUCACGAAAACACAAAAAAUUGAUGCAGAGAGAUAACCUAAACAGGAAGAAGUGGUGAGACCAGCUCUCUGUUUUUCAAAAACAAAGGUACUCUUAUCCACCUGAAGGAUCUGAAUACUUUUUUAAAAUCUUUGUUCUUUGUGGUUAUUGCAAAAAAUGUCAAUUUUUGUCAACAUUCUACUUUGUAACUAAUACUUAUAUAUUCUUGUAUAUCAUGGUGUGUGUGCAUGUGCGUACCUUUGUGGAUAGCCUGACGUAAAUAGAUUUAGCUUCUUUAGAAACUGUGCAAUGUGCAGUCAUGGUUGAGAAACACUGAGAGGAAGUUUGCACAUUGUUUGCCCACAUGAAUUAAAAAAAGAUAAGUAAAAAUCAUUUGAGAUAUUUUUUCAGUUUAUUCUUAUCAAUAUGAAAUACAGGAAAGCUUUUAUAUUCUGUGUACAGCUAGAUCGACUGAAUUUAGUAUUAUUUGAUGAAGCCAGG